AAGUAUUAAAGUCUGUAGAAUAUUAUCAGAUAGUUGUUUAAAACAUGUAGUUUGGAUUUUAUAUUGCCGAAUUACACUGAAAUCAUGUUUAUAGUAACGCUGUUACAUCGCCGCACUUUGAAAGUAAAAUAUCUGAGUAUUUUCUCUGCACCCAAUUAGAUUGCCAUUGUGGCCUCGGUUCCCAAACUCCCAACUCUUCCUAAUAAAUCGCCUGUGAGACUUCAGCACUGAUACUUCAGCGGAGCCAAUUAAACUUUCCGUUUUCCCAUAUGCGAAAUUACAAUUAAGCAAUAAAAACUAACGAAAUGUGCCCUUAGGCCCUGUGGCGGCAAACGAACAAGUGUUCGCUCUGCAGCGGCUUCCAAGUGCCUGGUUGCAUCCAAGGACGAAGGACGACAGACGAAGAGGAGGCUGACUGGGUGAUGGGAGGCCAACAGUUUCCUGCCUGCCGCGCUCCGCCUUCGAAGGAUUCGCCGUCGCUCGGUGUGCGACUUUAAUUGAUGUUUCAUUUCCGUUGCAAAGUGCUUCCGUUUUCCUGGGCUCCGCGUCCGCCGUUUGUUUUGUCCAACUUGCGGGGGAGUCGACUGCCGACCUGGUAAUUGAGUAUCAAUGCGGUUUUAAGUGAAAAAUGCUGCCAACCUUUGGCAACCGUCCGAGCUACCCACCCACCCAUCCAUUCAUCCUCCCAUCCAUCCAUUCACCCAUCCAUCCAUUCGUCCAUCCACCCAUCCAACCAUCCACCCAUCCAACCAUCCAACCAACCAACCACCCAUCUCAAUGGCCGACCAUUUCCGUUUUUAAUCUUUUGCCUUGAUUUGCUCGCUCUGCGCUUCGUUUUCGUUUUCAUUUCAUGUUUUCUGUGUUUUUUCAAUUGCCUCGUGCUCCAUUCAAAUGGGGUUAAUUGAGUUUUAGUGGCCAGGACUCACUUUAAACUGAUUACAAGCUACCGCCAGAGGGCGUGCUGGUGGUGGUGGUGAUGGUGGUGAUGGUCGUAGGCUUUGCAAGUUUGUUUUGCAUGCCACUCGGCUAUUUGGUGGCUGUCUCUCGAAAUAUUUGGAGCAUGUCAGCUUGCCAGCCACUCGAGUUUCUUGGCCCAAGACCACCCAUCACCCAUCACCCACCAGCAACCAUCCACCAUCUACCACCAACUUUCCACUUUUUUUUUGCCGCCUGGAAACGAAUUAAUGUAGAAGUUGAUUUGUGGCAAUCGACGCUUGGAUGGCUUUUGAAUGCUGCUUGCCGGCGAGUUUUAAUUGAGGCGCUCGUCUGCCUCUUAAACAGGAAAUUAAGAAAGUUUCUCCUACCAGAGCUCGCUCUAUGAUUAUGGAUCCAGGCGAGUGGCAGACAGAUUAAGUGUCAUUAGCGAAUUCAGCAAGGUGAUGGGACAUGCAGAUGUUGGUUAAGUACGCUUUUCCUGCUGCAAAAAACCAGCACACUGUACGAAACUCAAUGACAAGAACUUAAGCGCAGAGCUCCAGUUUUUAUGCUACAAAAUGACAGAUAUUUUGCCCAGUGGGUAUAGUUUCAGCUGGCAGCAGUGCAAAAAAAACCGAAAGGAGUUUAUAUUCGUCUUGCAACAGGUUCAUCUGGCUUAACUAUAAAUCUUACAUGAUUUUCAACUACUCAGUUGUUGCUCUGCUGCUCCGCUUUUUUCCUUGCAACUGCCCCAAGUGACCCCUUCUUUUUGCUCUCCCAUCCUGGAAAGCAUCCCUUGAUUUAUGAUCUUCCCAACUUGGUUUACGAGUAUUGUCGCAUCGUUUGGCCGGCACUUUUUCCGCCGCUCGCCGUGCAUUUUCUUGUCCGCCUCGCAGGGCUUAUCAACUAAUGAUUGAGGUCAGUUGGCCAACGUCUGCUCCCUGCCCAUCCGCCAAAUAAUUGCCGGCAAUUAAGCUUAAAUGCUGGCUGGCCUUCCCUUCCUUGGGGCAAUGACAAAUGCAAUUUGAAGAGACUUCCCACUUUUUGGCCCCGAAACUUGGCCAAACUUAAAUCGAUCGAAAACUAGUUUAUUAAAAUAAAUUCGUAAAUUCGUAGAGGGGAACUCUUUGUUUCGGCAGCAGUUAAACAAACACAAGCAGGUGUGCUUGACAUUUUAAUUUGAAAAAUCGAUGGAUGCCAUGCAAACGAAGUGUUUUAGCAACUGUGUAAAUAUAUGGGUAUUAUAUCACUACGACUUAUGCCCAUCCACCCAUUGAUGAAGAAACCUGUCAAAUAUUUUGUAUGAACCAAUUGUUAGGCCCAAUCUUGGGCACAAUGGGUAAUCAAACACGGACAAAGUGCGAAAAUUGGUUGAAGCUGAUGGCACACUUGUGCACACUUGCGAAUUGAAAUCAAUCGGUGGCGAAGUGGCUAUAAAAGCGGUGGUUCUGGCAGGAAAAGAUUAACAUUCGCCAACUGCCGCAACCAACAGCAACAUGAGGAAAUCACUACUGAUCGUGGGCUGCCUCCUGGUGACCAUCUUCUUGACCCAUCUUCCAACCGGGCUGGCCGUCUCCUGUGCCGAUGAUCCCACCAAUGCGGACUGCGUCGAUUGUACGCUUCCCGCGAAUGCGGCUGAAGCCGACUGUGCCACCGCCACUCCGGAGACCACGGCUCCCACAACUGACACGGACACGACCACUGCGGCCAGUGCCGCUGAAGAAACCACCACCGCCGCCGCUUCAGCCAGCGACACGACCACCGCCUCAUCCGGAAGCAACUCAGGCAGUGGCAAGCGGAAAGUCAAGAGGACCUACAAGCGGAAGGUGAGCCGCCCGAGGAAGAUCAAGACGAGGAGGAGCAACCGGCGCAGGAACAACAGGAGACAGAACUCUGGCUAAGCACACUGGACAUUAGGCGCUCAGCGAUGGAAUCAGCAGGACACGGCAAUGCUACCCUAUACUCGCAAACCACUUUAGUUUAAGUAUUCAAAUCAAAUUCACAUUGGGCCCACAAAAUAAAUAAUUAUUUCAGAGGUAGUAAAAGUUGGAUAUGUUGUUCUUGAAAGGUGUUAGCUUGUUUAGUAUAUUAUAUAUAUGUUUUGUAUAAUUAAAUCAGACAUUGCACAGAUCUUGCAGAGUUACCAUGUGUAAAGAAUACUUAUAUCCUAAAACCAAACUAAUUUGGCAGUCAACUGAACUACUAAACUAAAUAUAUAGAA